AUGAUACGCUCUCCUUUCUUCACGGGUUUCAUAAUCUUGUGCUGUGUAACUCGCAUUUAUACACAACAAUGCGAGCAGAGUGUCGAUCUCGCACGUUUUGAUUGUCAUCCAGACGAUGGUGCAUCACAAGAACGAUGUGAGGCACGCAAAUGUUGCUGGCGAUUAUCAGUACAACAUACAAAUUCGACACGAAACUAUCGCAAAAGUCUUCAAGACAUAAGUGUACCAUUAUGUUAUUUUCCAUCGGAUUUUCCUGCAUAUUCGAUCGUGUCGAACGAACCAACUAGUUUUGGUCAACGAGUUCGUAUCGUCAAAUCACAAACGACAUUUAUGCCAAAUGAUAUUUUGGAUUUGACAGUCGAUCUUCUCUAUGAAACACAACAACGAUUUCGUAUUCGAAUCUAUGAUACAUUCAAUAAACGCUUCGAAGUGCCAUUAGAUGUACCCGUGGUAGAAAAGAAAGCGGACAUGACUGAUUAUGAAGUUAAACUUGCUCAAAAGCCAUUUGCAAUCCUAGUCACUCGGAAAUCGACGGGUGUCACAUUAUUCGAUUCCAGUUUGUCGCCACUGAUCUUCGCCGAUCAGUUUAUUCAUAUUUCCACUCGUUUAUCAAGUCCAUUGCUAUACGGUCUUGGAGAACAUACGCAACCACUGCUGAUCAAUAUUACAAACGAAUGGAGAAGAUUAACAUUUUGGACACGAGAUAUCGGUGUACGACCGGAUACGAAUCUUUACGGUAAGAAAAUAUUCCAACAAAUGAUUGGAAUGAAAGAAUUCUUAUUAGGUGUUCAUCCAUUUCAUAUCAAUCUUGAGUUGAAUAAGACUGGUCAGACAAAUUUUCAUGGUCAAUUUAUGUUGAAUGCCAAUGCUAUGGAUAUGAACCUUCAGCCAUUGCCUGCUUUGACUUAUGUUACUAUCGGAGGCAUUGUCGAUCUAUACGUCUUCACAGGUCCGACAGUUCAAAAUGUUAUUCAACAGUAUUGGGAUGUCAUCGGAAAACCAUUGUUUCCACCUUACUGGACUCUUGGCUUUCACUUAUGCCGUUGGGGAUAUGGUACAAUUGAAAAUCUCACCGAAGUCAUGCAACGAAUGCAUGAUGCUGAUUUUCCCGUGGAUAUUCAAUGGACUGAUAUCGAUACAAUGUACGCUCAUCUCGAUUUUACAUAUGAUAACAAAACCUUUCACGGUUUACCUGAACUCGUUCGUAAAAUCAAAGCCGAAGGUAGACACUACAUGAAUAUCAUCGAUCCAGGUAUCAGCUCAACGCAACCACCGGGUACUUAUCCACCGUACGACGAAGGACUGACACAAGGUAUUUUCAUUACCAAGUAUAACUCUACCGAACCCAUUGUCGGAGAGGUCUGGCCAGGUCCUACUGUUUUUCCUGAUUUUACGAAUCCUAAAACGGUGGAAUGGUGGACUAAAUUUCUUGCAGCUUAUCAUGAAAUCAUUCCCGUUGAUGGCAUGUGGAUUGAUAUGAACGAACCAUCGAACUUUGUCGAUGGAUCGCACGAAGGCUGUACUUCGAAUUCUCUGGACAACCCACCAUACACUCCUCAUGUCUAUGGUGGAAAUAUCACCGCGAAAACCGUAUGUACAUCAGCACAACAAUAUUUAUCGUCGCACUACAAUUUGCAUAGCAUGUAUGGUUAUUUCGAAGCUAAAGCUACUAACAUUGCUUUGAGAACCAUUCUCAAGAAACGUCCAUUUGUACUGUCGCGAUCGACAUUUGCUGGCUCAGGUCAUUACACAACCCAUUGGUCAGGUGAUAAUGCUGCCACUUAUCAAGAUCUCUAUCAGUCAAUUCCAACUAUUCUUAAUCACAACAUAUUUGGUAUGACAUUUGCUGGUGCAGAGAUUUGUGGUUUUAAUGACGAAACAACGGAAGAUUUAUGUACAAAAUGGAUGCAAUUAGGCGCUUUUUAUCCUUUUAUGAGAAAUCAUAAUGAGAUUGGCAUUAAGGCACAAGAUCCUGCAGUUUUCUCAUGGGAAGCUCAGCAAAUCAUGAAACAAGCCUUACUUAUGAGAUAUUCUCUGCUUCCAUAUUGGUAUACACUCUUCUUCAAAGCAAGUUCAAUUUCAACAACUGUGAUCGAACCACUUUUCUUCGAAUAUCCAAACGAUGAGAAUACUUAUAAUAUCGAUCGACAAUUCUUAGUCGGUCCUGCUAUUCUUGUUUCUCCAAAUCUACUUCAAAAUUCAAUCAUAGUUCAUGCAUAUAUUCCACAAGAUGUAUGGUAUGAAUUUCCCUCAGGUAUACAAAUAAACAACGUGGGACAAUAUGUCGAUUUCGAAACGCCAAUUCAAAAGAUCAAUGUUCAUGUUCGAGGUGGAUUUAUUAUUCCGAUGCAAAUUCCAGGAUCGAACCUCGUCUACGGUCGUACGAAUCCUUUAGAAUUUCUUGUUGCUCUAUCUCAAUCAGGAAGUGCGAGUGGAAGUCUGUUUUGGGACGAUGGAGAUUCCAUGGACACAAUUGAAACCAAGUCAUACAGUUACUUUGAAUUCAAUAUAACAACAACCAAUACUCUGACAAUAUAUGCUUUGUUGACAAAUUACAAAGAUUUACCGAUAGUACUAGGUAAUGUGAAGGUUCUCGGUGUGCAUAAAAGUGUGACGAAUGUCAAUGUCAAUAGCAAAGCUUAUCCAAAUUUUGCUUACAAUGAGAACGAUAAUAUUUUAUUCAUCUACGGUAUUAAUUUGAACUUAUUAGACGAUAAAAUGACUCAAACAAUUGAAUGGACAACAUCAGUUUGA